AUGUCGGGCCAGGCGUGGCAAGUGAGUUUUCCUCCCUUUUACACGCUUCAGAAAAAUGAGGAGACGAGGAAAAAACAGCUUGAUGCUUGGUCAUCCCUAGUAAUAGAACACAGUAGAAAAACAAGCACUUCAACAAUCGACCUUUCCGAAAUUCGCCGAAGUGUUCUAUUCACAAAUUCGAAGAUCGAGCGCCAAGCGAGUAUAGAGCUCGUCGAGGCUGUUUUCUCGCAACUUGUACAAAAGGGCAACGCAAUUUGGAAAGACAAAUCAAAGAGUAAAUGUCUCCUUUCUUCGCAGACUUUCUCCUCGCUCGCGGCGGCACUUUAUAAUUGGGCACAGAUGUCUGGACAUAUAAAUCAAGUCUGCACGAUUUUCGAGCUCUCGCAAGGCGAAGAAAUCAGCGGCGAAAUCUUCCAAAAUGUACCCGAAGAAAUCAUCAUAAUCGCGCUCAAGCUCUUGCAAAAAGAGCGAAAGGCUGAGCUCAUCGGAACUGAUGGCGUUAAAUUUUUCUAA